AUGCCGGCAGGGAAGGGAGGCUUCGGGCGGAGAAGCGGCAGGGGCAGAGGUCGGGUGGAAACCGCCGCCCUGCAGGGAAGAGCAAGGCCAGGGACACCAUCACACGGGGCCAGGGACUCCGGAGCCCUGGAGCCAGAUGUGCGCGUGAAGAAUUCACCUCGGACGUCCCAGCUCCACGAAAGUGAUGAUGAAAGCAGCUGCGGCCUCGUAGGUUUGUCGGGAGAAUACAUGAGACAAGUGGAUGGUAAGCAUCGGGACGGCCGGGCCCUCUCCUCCUCACCCAGUCAGCUGUUUAAUUAUUGCUGCCACUACCACUGCCACGGAAUAAUCAGAGAAGACACUCCCCCCAGCCGUGCUCCAACGGCAACCUUCACUUCUGAAUAA